AACACGUCAUAAUACUGAAGAUGGCGAGGGUUUCGUCCAAUAAGUUGAUUUGUUGGGGUGUGACCGGUGCGAUCAUGGCCAGUAUCGGAAUCGUUCUCAUUCCCGUCACAGAUGUCGUCAUUUUAAAAGUCUUGGAACAGGAGGGAAUCAUUGUCCCCAGCGCCCUGGCCUACCCUCUAUGGGAAGAGGUCCCUAUCCCAAUUUAUUUCCAGUUCUGGUUCUGGAACCUCACCAACCCCGAGGAGUUCUUACAAGGUGGACCAGCCAGACUAGUAGAGCUGGGACCUUAUACCUACAGGGAGUAUCGUCCCAAGGUGAACAUAACUCAUUACGAUAACCGGACAGCAAGCUACCUCAACAUGAAGAGUUUUGUCUUUGAUCUGGAGAUGUCUGUCGGUCCCGAAUCAGACACCUUCACCGCAAUCAACGGUCCUGUCUUUACUAUUGCCCACUGGCUCAAGAACGCCCCGGACUUGGUGCAGAAGGCUUGGAAGCUCAUUCACGAGCUUUCCAAAGCAGAUGUCAUCAUAGAACUUUCAGUUGAUGGCUUCGUCUGGGGCUAUCCGGACAAGUAUUUGGAACUAGCCCAAAGGAUUCUUGGUGAAGAAGUCGUUCCUUUUACCAACUUUGGGAUACUAUUGGGGUAUAACAACAGUGAUGAUGGCGUUUGGUCGGUGUAUACCGGUGAAGAUGAUCUUAUGAUGCUCAAUCAAAUGGAUAUGUGGAACAGGGAGAAGUUACUACCUUGGUGGACUACAGACUACGCCAAUGCCUUGAAUGGAACAGAUGGGACGAUAAUGCAUCCAUUCGUAGACAAAGAUGAAGAGGUGUAUGUUUACUCUACCUAUGUGUGUCGAUCUGGCUUGUUGGUGUUUAAGGGGUACCGGGAGUUUCGUGGUAUAUGGUUGUAUUACUUUAGCGCACCAGAGUACCUGUAUGCCAAUGCCAGCAUCUACCCCACUAACAUCGAUUUCUGCACCCCUGAUCAGACUACCUGCCCCCCUACAGGAUUGAUCAAUGUCAGUGAAUGCUAUUUUCAAGCACCUAUUUAUCUGUCAUCACCACAUUUUCUCUUUGGGGAUGAUAGACUUUUCGAUGACGUCAUUGGCAUGACACCUGACUUCAAUGUUCAUGGAGUAGAGGCUGAAAUUGAACCGUUAUCUGGCGUUACAUUCAGAGGAAAUCUGCGGGCUCAGGUGAAUUUCAAGGUUGGACCAUAUGAUUUUAUCCCACAAGCAGAGCAUAUUAGGGACAUGUAUCUUCCACUGAUAUGGUUAAAUGAGAGCGCGACCCUCCCAGUGGAAUAUACAGACUUGUAUCAUAAUUACGUCCAGAUCCCCCAGUAUGUGGUGCUCACGGUCAUCGUCCUACUCGUAUCUGUAGGGGGUGGGAUCGUUGUCGGACUCAUCAAUUUUCUCAUCUGGCGAGCAUGGAGAGCGAGAAAAGACAGAUUGAUGGAUGAAGAGAGCAAGCAUCUCAGUUCCACCAAGAAUACUGAGGAGGUUGAAAGCAAGGAUUAUGCUUCUGUUGUUAAUAAAGUCGUUUAAUCAGCGGUCUCCAGAGACACAUCAACCGAGAGACGUUCGGCAUCGUGGCUUUUUGCUCCGUAUGCCACUGGUUGAAUAAUAGUAUUAAUAUGUUCUGAUGGUAAUAGUGCUACUAUGUUCUGAUGCAUAGUGACGUAGCUUUGGACUUUGGAAAGGGCAUGAUGAGGGCAAGUGCCCCCAUUCGAAUGACAAAAUAAACUAACGAAAGAAACGGGAAAGACAGAGAAAAGGGGAAGGAUAGGGGAAAAAGUGAAGCGAUAUGGACACUACCUCUCCAACAUUCCCCCUCCGACUUUAUCCAGUGACUGGUCGCCGCCCCUUUCAAUUGCCUAACUUACGCUGCACCAUGCACUGCCGAUACUUCCCCAAAAUGAUACACAUUAUAUUAUUGCAAUGUAAAUUAAAGACGUGUGUUCUUGAUGAAACCAUUGCUAUAUAGUCACAGAUCAAGGACUUGGAAAUAUAAGGGGCACCCGCAAGUGAUGGGAGUUGCGCUAAAUAUUGAGAGGAUGUAUACUCCUUUAAACCUCUCUCAUGCCACCAUAUUAUCAUCGUGAAUUAUAAUUAUUUUACUUUUAUAUGUGUCUCUCGAAAGACAGGGCAUGAAGCGAAAAGAAAAUUGAGAAUUAAUUGUAUUUAUACUUCAUGACUUUAUUAGCGAGACGAAAAAUUAAAUGCGUUUAUUUUUGUUAAGAAUCAGUAUUUAAAAAGAAAAGAAAAAAAAA